CGUCACCCCAGCGCCGCUCCCUCCCUCCCUCCCGGUGAUGGAGGAAGAGGAGGCCGCGGUGGGGAAGAUGAAGCAGUUCCACGGCGGGGUCGCGGUGGGGGUUGGCGGCGGCGGCGCCAGCGGGGCAGGGCUGGAUCCAGAGCGCUGCCGCUUCCCUUACUGCGUCGUGUGGACGCCCAUCCCCGUGCUCACUUGGCUCUUCCCCAUCAUCGGUCACAUGGGCAUUUGUACCUCGACUGGAGUCAUCCGGGACUUUGCAGGCCCUUACUAUGUCUCUGAAGACAACAUGGCUUUUGGGAAGCCUGUGAAAUACUGGAAGCUGGAUCCCAGCAAAGUGUGUUCCUGUGGCCCUAAUGCUUGGGAUACUGCAGUACACGAUGCCUCUGAAGAGUACAAGCACCGUAUGCACAACCUCUGCUGUGACAACUGCCACUCCCACGUAGCCCUGGCCUUAAACCUCAUGCGAUACGACAACAGCACGUCCUGGAAUAUGAUCAAACUUUGUUUCCUCUCCUUGAUAUAUGGAAAGUAUGUAAGCCUAGGGGGCUUUGUGAAGACCUGGCUCCCAUUCGUCCUCUUUUUGGGGAUCAUCCUGAUAGUCAGCCUGACUCUUCACUUGUGAUGAUGGAUGACACCCGCGUCCCCUCCACUCUCUUUUGAAGUCCAGAGUUGAAAACUAGCUUUUCAACCCAGUAAAGCUCGGAGCUGCUGUGCCCUGGAAGCCCUUGGAAAAGAUGUCCGUUUGUGCUUUGUAACAACUCUUCCUUUUAUCUUUUCAUCUUUCCUGCCUUUGGAUGUCCAGGGAUCGGAGUGUGGGGAGGGGAAGCCCUCCAUCUUGUUUCUCACCAAAACUCCUUUGCGACUGAAGGUCCGGUGUGGAUUUUAAAAAAAGGGCAUGGACUUGGGUUUAUAGGGUUUGCUUUGCUUUCCCUUGCAAUGGGUGCCAAGGCAGGUUGCGAAGUUCUUCGGUCUCCCUUGGACUGGGUUUGGACAUCACGAUAACCAACGGUGGGCUAAAUAGUCAACGGUGGGUUGUCUGUCGGGACGUUUUCGUGCCACAGUAGGUUAUUCCGCUGAAAUAAUCGACGAUGUGCGGAGUUGAUUAUUUGAACAACCUUUGGUUAGCGUGUCAUGUGUUGGGCACCGUUGACUAUAUCGUCGCACACGGUUACUUUUUACGAUUGUUACAGAGUCCCCCGGCAAGAGCAAUCAAAGUGGCGACUGCCACUCUAGUCCAGCUGGCAGAACUUGCAAUGGCUGAUGGGAUACCAGCAGGAGGAUUGAGGAGGGGAGAGAGGGUGGGGGAUGUGUCAAUCAAACACACCGUUGACUAAUAGUCAACUUGACACUAGCCUUACUCAACGCCACGGUUGAUUAUAAUCAUGUCAUGUGGGGAGCAGCCCUUCGAUCAUCAACCAUAGAGCUGACUGUUAACCCACCAUUGACUAUUGUGUUGACCGAACGCAGCCAUGGAGUGAUCCAGGACGCCCCUUAAUGGGAAGUGGUGGUGCGCGGCCGCUCUACGUUGUGAGCCGGGAUGGAGGAGCUAUUUUAUCUGCUUGCACUUUGACUGGUCAGUUGCUGCAUUCUUGGUUGUACCUGGAUAUUGGCAACCUCAAGACGAAAGCGAGGCCCCGUUGUGCCUGCAGGCUGGGGCUGCUGUGUGCAAGAUGAGGCUUAACUCCGGCGGCUGCUUUUGCAGAGAGUAACUUGAGCGGGCUCAUUGAGAGUAAAUUGAGGGGCUCAUGCUCCAGCAUCUUCUUGUUCCUUGCCCCAAAGGUGCGUGUUCUUGCUUUUUGUUUUUUAAGCGUGGUGUGCUGGGACGCCUUCUGCUAAAAGCAGCCAAUUUUUCUCAAGCUCCCCACCAGCUCAAGCUGUCGUUGGCGCCGUCAUUGUCGAGGCUGACCUUGACUUGUCCUCGGCAACGCUUCCUGCCAGCGUUCUGUUAAGGCGUCCUAGUCCUCUUCGUUGAACUCCAAUUUCCAAAGUCCCCUCUGUGUGUCUUUGUGUCAAAGAGAUACCAGCCUAAUAGUGAACACGAUUUGGUUUUUAAUAUAGUUCUGUGCUACGCUGUGCCUUGGAAGACUCUAGAAGCAUAACCCAUACCAGGUAAAUGCCUGAUCUCUCCCAGCAAGGGUACUGAAGCUAGAAGCUCUACCAGUAUGGAAUCUUUCCUUGGGGGAAUAAUAUCAUUCACUCUAGGUCCACAUUCUUCCAUAAGGCUUCCAGAUAAUUUGGGGGCAGUAGAGAAUGGUGUAUGUGUUCACCUUCCGCUUCCAAACAGACUUAAUUGUGACCUAUGGCUUUGCCCGGGUUCUAAUGAAAGGGGCAAACUCUUUGGCCUCCUUCUUUUUAACAGAAGGGGCAUAAAAGGCUGCUUUUAGGCUGCUUGACUCUCCUCUCUUUUCUCCCCUUGCCUUUCCCCAUGCUAAUUUCCACCCAUUCCCCUCCAGUUGGAGUGCCCACCGUGUUGUGCUGUGCUCAGGAGAGGCAUUCUCUCUCCGCCUUACACCUGUGGCUGAGCAGGUCCUCUUGGCGUCUUUUGCUGCGUUCAGCCAUUUUGAGCACGAACAAACGGCAGCUUUAGAGACCCGAUCAAUAAGCUCGAAGCUGAUUAGAGAUCAAAGGUCUGAGAUCAAAGUGAACGCGUGUGGCGUUUCCAUCAAGCUACCCCUGAGCUGCUUCGCUUACUCCCCACCAGGGAGUCUAAUUCUUAUGGAAAUAAUAGACCAAGUCCACUGAUUUGAGAAACUACGCGCGCGCGCGCACACACACACUUCUUUUUCCUAUUUCCCCCACCUCCCUUUUUACAGUGACUUGCCAAAAAGAGCUCCAGGAAGCCUAAGCCAGUUCCCAGAGCUCAUGCUCAAAGCCAACUUCCUUUCUAGUGUACCAUCAGUCUCAACUUGUGUUUUGAGUCAAUUAAAAGGUGCUUUUGCUAGCAUAAUGCAACUGUACAAGCGUUGCCAAAAUGGAAGGCUGGCAGUAGUAACAGGAGGAGCAAAGUUAUUAGAAAUGCUCGUCUUUUCUCUGUUUCUCCACCCCCAUUUUAUGUCCUCAUAAUAGGCGUUUUUCGAUUCUGUGUUCUUGAACGGCCUAAUGAUAAAUCGACAAACCCAAAGACGAAAUCGGGCUAGGAGCAGUAAUAUAAUGCCCCUGGCAAGUUAAGGGCUCAGUUCUGCUAAUGGGCCAAGGCAGCAGUUGUAGAGAAACCUUAGCCGGUCUUGAUUUCACUGGGUUUUGAACCAGGUUCCAAAGGAUUUCUGAGUUGGCAUUAAGGGACUGCCAUGGUUGGCACAUACUCCCGCCCCAAAUUAAAAGCCUGUGGCUGCUGGUCAUCUUUGUUUGCUGCACACCUGGCUGGCAGUCCUGUCUGUAAUGAUUAGGCUGCUAGGAGGGGGGAAAAAGCUUCUGAAAGUGAGCAGGCAAAACCAUGGGAAAAUGUGGGUUAAACAAGGUACAUAGCAGAAGAAUCAGGCUCAUGACACCUUCGUUGUGGGCAUUAAUAAUCUAGCCCAAACGGGCCCUUCUUUCCCCAUGCCUGCCCGGUAACUGCCCAUCUUCAAACCACUGUGUUGCAGUGUAAUGCCACCUUUGGGGGCUGUCUUGUGAGUUAAAAAUUCUACGGGAGGCACACCUGUGUAGGGUUUUUUAGAAACCUGCAAGCCAGUUUUGACUUGCAGUGCAAUGGGUUUCUUGGUGUGCGUACGUGUGCUUGCGCACCGCCGUUGGUUGCAGCUUCUUGACAAAAAACGUACUGGGCGUGUAGACUCAGCAAGGAACAUGCACGUCACGUCCUAGUAUGCUGCGAUCUCUGCGUGGAUUUCACAUGAGAGCGACUUCCAUGUAGGAAUACGGUGAGGUGCAAUGUACUUCUCAAGGUCUCAUGUGUUGAUUUCUUACCUCUCACUUUGAGAUACCCUUAGGUGUAUAUAUGGUAUAUAUACAGGCCUCUUUUUCAUUUUCAUUUUGUUUAGACUUAAGUUUCCGCUGCUGAGAUUCAGUGAACUGCCACUUGGGGUUCUCCCUCUCCCCUCCCCCCCAUUCCCCCCCUCUUUUGCUGGUGAUUAGCCAGGUGGGCCUCUAUCCUUCGAGUUGGUUCUCCAGGGGGUGCUGGAUUCCUUUGUACAUACUGAACUCUGCUGCUGUGAUUUCAUAAUCCUGACGAUAGUGAAAAAUAAAUGCAUUUCUGUUUAUGUCUCCAA